UUCGAAAUGUGAAUUCAGUUUUAGUUAUCGGCUACGGGUUGGGUUGAAACGUUGAAAUUAGCGACCCACCCGUUACAACUGAAAUGAAUAGUAUCCACCACCCGAUCCUAUCAUCUGUUUUUGCUUUCUCUAUCCCUCGCUCUCACCUCUCCCAACACCACAAGCUUUUCCUCUCACCGACGUGGCACUUCGCCGUUCGCUCCUCCGCCGAUCACUCCUCCUUAUCCCCAUUCCUCCCUCUCCCUCUGCUGCUUCGUCAAACCACCGGUCACCGGCGAAACUUAUUCUUUACACAUAUAUAUGAUCAAUGACCAUUUCUCAACCUCACGCUCUCCCUAGUGUUUGCUGCCCCCGUUCUGUUUCCCUAUCGAAAUAUCUGAAUCCAUGGAUUUCAUGUAAACAUUCCACAUGUUUAUUUCACAAGAAGGUAGCUUCUGUGGACUACUUACUAUCCAGUAAGGUUUAUUCAAGGAAGAGAUAUCAGAUAAAUCUCUGUUUAUUAGAAGAUGGAACUCUUGGUCUUAGUUCCAGAUCAUUAAAGCCCCAAUUCUCCUAUUUCACCCAUUACAAAUCAAGAAGAACAAGACAAUUUUUCCCAUUUGCUUCUGCUGAUGAUGGUGUAACAGUUAAUGGAGCAAGUACUAGUGGUGAUGUUGAGGAAAUGAGGGUUAAACUUGACCAGUCAUUGCAAAAUGAAGAAUAUAAUAGUGCACUUAUUCAAUCUUUGCAUGAUGCUGCAAGGGUAUAUGAAUUAGCCAUUAAAGAUCAGAUCUCUGCAUCCAAAUCAUCAUGGUUUUCAACAGCUUGGCUUGGUAUAGACCAAAAUGCUUGGGUGAAAGCCUUGUCUUAUCAGGCCUCAGUGUAUUCGUUACUUUUAGCAGCAUGUGAGAUUUCAUCUCGUGGUGAUAGAAGAGAUCGCGACAUCAAUGUUUUUGUUCAAAGGAGUCUCUCAAGAUAUUACGCUCCCUUAGAAAGUGUAAUACGCGAUGCACUCUCAGACAAACAACCAGAACUUUAUGAAUGGUUUUUAUCCCAACAAAUGCCAUCUGUCGUGUCCAGUUUUGUCAAUUACUUUGAAAAAGACCAACGAUUUUCAGCUGCUACAGGCGUGGUCAGAAAAGGAACAUCUGUAACUUCAGGGGAUGCAAGUGACAGGUCUCUGCUUCUUUUUGCAUUGAGUUGCAUAGCAGCAAUAACAAAACUCGGCCCCACAAAAGUUUCUUGCACACAGUUUUACUCUCUUCUCCCUGAGAUAACUGUCCAUUUUGGACAUCGAGCUGCAGCUUGUAGAGUGAAAGAUGAUCAAGGAACUGAAGAAGUUUUGUUUUGGGUGAGUCUUGUACAGAGGCAUCUACAACGCGCUAUUGAUAGAGAGAGAAUAUGGUCAAGAUUGACCACAUGUGAAAGUAUUGAGGUGUUGGAUAAGGAUUUGGCUAUUUUUGGAUUCUUCAUUGCUUUAGGAAGGAGGACUCAGUUGUACUUAUCUGCAAAUAACUUUGAAGCAGCACCGAAGCCCAUUGAAGGAUUGAUCAGGUAUCUUAUUGGUGGAAGUGUGCUAUACUAUCCUCAGCUUUCAUCAAUAAGCUCUUAUCAACUGUAUGUGGAGGUUGUAUGUGAAGAAUUGGAUUGGCUUCCAUUUUAUCAAGGUGACAUCGACACUCAAAAAGGGUCACAUGGGCAUAAAAGUAAACAAGGUCCUCCAAAUGAGGAAGCUAUCCCUGUUGUUUUAGAUGUUUGUUCACAUUGGAUUCAGAGUUUUAUUAAAUAUAGUAAAUGGCUUGAGAACCCUUCUAAUGUCAAAGCUGCAAGGUUUCUUUCUAGAGGGCACAACAUUUUACAGGACUCUAUGGAAGAACUAGGCAUACCUAAGAAGCGGAUGAUCGAAAGCAGCACUAAUAACACUUUUGAGAUCACACGUUCAGGAGGUUAUUCUCCAUUGAAAAAACAACUAGAUUCCUUCGACAAGGCAUUAGAGAGUGUUGAUGAUGCUCUUAUAAAGCUUGAGGGGCUGCUUCAGGAGUUACAUGUAUCCAGCUCCAGUUCUGGAAAGGAGCAUUUAAAAGCUGCUUGUUCUGAUCUUGAAAAGAUUAGGAAACUUAAAAAAGAGGCUGAAUUUCUUGAGGCAUCAUUUAGGGCCAAAACAGAUUCCCUUCAGCAGGGAAAUGAUGAUGGUCGUGCUGAGAGGCAAUCUGGUUCUAAUGUAGACCUGGAUAUGUCCAGCAGUAAACCUGAUGUCUUAUGGAGCUUGCUACUACGUCGUCCAACCCCAACCACAGAAACUUCCUACAAAAAUGAUGAUGAUGAUGACACAAGUCUACUUGAAUCAAAUGAAAUCCAACGUUUCGAAUUAUUAAGAAACGAACUCAUGGAACUCGAAAUGCGAGUUGAAAGAAGCACUAAACGCUCUGAGAACGAAGAGGAGGAUCUUAAAAUGACUAAUUAUCCUAAAGAUCCCGAAGGGGUUCAACUAGUGAAAGCACAGGAGAAAGAGAAUAUAAUCGGAAGGUCCAUAAACAAGUUGAAAGGAAGCACCACAGAUGUGUUGCAGGGUACCCAACUUUUAGCCAUAGAUGUUGCUGCAGCUACAGGGUUGCUUAGAAGGGUGCUUAUAGGAGAUGAGUUAACUGAUAAAGAGAAACAAGCUCUUAGAAGAACUUUGACUGAUUUAGCAGCUGUAAUUCCAAUUGGCUUUCUCAUGCUACUACCUGUGACUGCAGUUGGGCAUGCAGCAAUGUUGGCUGCUAUUCAAAGAUAUGUUCCAUCGAUGAUUCCAUCGACGUAUGGACAAGAUAGGCUGGAUCUUUUAAGGCAGCUUGAGAAGGUGAAGGAAAUGGAAACAAUGGAGGGGAAUCCUACUGAAGAGAAAUUAUAGAAAAAAAAAAGUUCUAACAAAUCAUAUACACGUGAUUAAAUUCAAACAGGAAGAGUUAAAUUUUAUAGCUUUAGUUUCAUGAGUUGUACUUCAUGCAAUGAAGGUUGUAUGCUCCACUUCCUGUGCUUUUAAAAAAGAACAAGGUUGAAUAUAUGCUUUAGAAAGGUUCUCUAUUAUAUCAAUGUUUUAUUGGUCUGAAUUUCAGAUUAUUUCAGACUCUGAAAUAGAAAUAUUUUUGUCUUUGAAAAUUAAGAACAUGGUUAAUGCUCAUAUGGU